GAGAGAGUAUGCAUAGACAAUAAUUGUCGAUGUGGGUACUAAAUAAUAUUGCGAAAAGUCGUAGUAAGCGAGUACCAGUUUUGUGAAACCGACGUUAUGACCUCAGAGAACGUUCGUUCGGUCGCCGGACGGCCUCCCGUGUAGUGAGGCGGGCAUCAGUGGAAACGCCGCUCGGCUGCUCGGCUCUCCGUACUGUAUAGUAUAAUACUAUGGUUAUAGUGUAUGAGGUGUAUUAAAGGGGGAGGAGGCGGCAACGUCGACUACACUUGACACAGCCAGUCGCCUCGUUCUGUCGAGUCUCGAACUCGAACCCGCCGACCGACAAACAGCCGCAGCCAGUCUCGUCUCGAGUUUUCGAAAGUGAUGAACGGGAAAUUCGACCAAUGUCCGUUGUAGUGCGCGUAUGGACCGAGGAAAAUCCGACGGAACGAAUCGCGAAUCAGUGUUCUGUUGUCAUGCGACAAAAAUUGACUAUUAACCCAAAGAUGCUGUCAGUGGUGAGCGCCGGCGUGACGACGGCAGGCAUGGGCGGCGGCAUGGACCGGCUCGGGGGCGGCGGAGGUGGUCCCGGAGCCGGCGCCAGGGAUCUGACGGCGGCGGCGGCGGCGGCGACGCGGGAACACCGCCAAAUGAGGCUGCACACCGACAUCACUAUUAACCUGCCGCCUAGUAUAGAAAUGCCCGACGGGGAGGAACACCCCUACACGUCGUCCAGGCUUCACAUAAGGGAUGCCGAGCAAGAAUCGGAAAUUUACCAAAAGUGCAUCCGACCGCCGCCGAAUCGCACGGUGCUGGAAAGCGAAUCGCCGCCACCGUACAGGUCCUGUUCGGCGGGCAUGCUGUCCACCUCGUCGUCGUCGUCGUCGGGCAGCGGCGACUGGUCGACGUCGUCGCCGAGCAAUCCGCUGGUCGUCCGAUGCCACUCGAUGUCGUCGACGUCGUCGAAAUCCUCCCUCAACGCCGCCACGCCCGCCAUCCAAAAGACUGAUUUUUUACAAAGGACUGUUAAGAUAUUCACCGGCGGCGGCAAAAAAACUGUUUACCAACAACCGCCGCCGGCGCCCGCGUUGCCCGUAGUGAUCGUGCCGACGGUGGUGAAGAUGCACAGGGGGGCGCCGGGGGCGGAGCACCGCUCCAAGCAUCACCACGACGUUUGACCAUACGUCCCCUCUUAGCUGAUGACUUUUUGUGUGAAUUCAUGUUUCUGAUUCCAAUUUUAUUUUAUUUUUUAUUUUUGUUUUUUUUUUUAGCUCAACGUGUCCCUUAACCGGGCCCGGGGCCGUUAUCGCGCUUUUCGACGCGUUUUUUUUUAAUAUACAGGGUGUCACUUAAAUGAUUUUGCUUAAACUUAGUGUGUUUGUUAGCAGUAAUAGGGGGCUUCUUGUCAUGAAAUUAGAUUUUGAAUUUUAAUUCCAGCGGCGUCGCAGCAGAGGGUUACCUGAUUGAUAUUUAUGGUGAAAAUCAUUGUACUCUACCGUACAGGUAACCCCCUCUACUGCGACGCCACUGAAAUUAAAAAUCAAAAUUUGAAAGGAAGAGAAUUUUUAGUAAUUUAUGACAAACCGACUGUUUCAUUAAACAUUUAACACCCCGUUACUCGGAAACGAAGCAAAUUAAGACACACGUUUAUAUGAACUUUUCUUCAUAAAAUAUGACAAGGAAUCACUCCCUGAAAUCUGAAAUUAAAGCCAUCAUUUAGAUGACACCCUGUAUACUCAAAAUUUCACCAAUUUUAUUAGUCAUAUUUUACACUUUCGCAAUCGCCUUGGAUAUUUAAGGCUGAAAAAAAUCGUUUCUUCGUUAAUUGAAAUUUAUUAAAGCGCGUCGAAAGGCCGGGCGAAACGCCUUGUAUCGCCAUAACCUCGCAAAACGGUUCUUGCACGGGCGAAACGGCAGUUUUGCGAUCGGUUAUCGAUAUAUUCCACUAGUCUACAUGCUUUAUAGGAUAUACGAAUGUGUACGAGUCGCGUCGAAAACUUCCCGUCCGGUUCACCGGUGUAACGGGAGAGCGGCGGAUGAGCCGGAGUUCGCGGUUUUUCCGCCGCCCGGAUCGAAUUCUCCGGCCGGGAAUCGGAUCGGUUUUUCUUUCGGCGCGCCUCGCCGUUUGGCAUGUAUAAAAAAAAUUAACAAAACUCGGACACGAUUUAAAGGCGAAAGGAUAACUGUCGGUCAGCCAAUUUAGUUCGUGGAUAACCAUCGACAGUGUGAUUUAGCAACGACUAUUAAAGGACGUUUAGUAUUUUUUUAAUAAAAAGCGCGCUUAUCGCCGGAUAAAGCACUUUUUUAAAUGUGGUAUACAUGUGUAACAUAUAUUAAUUAAUUAAAAAAAAACCAUUGAAUAAACUAAGUAAGUCAUUUAAAUCUAGUUAUCAGUGAAAUAUCGAAUGUGCGCGGCAUGCCAAAUGCAGUAUAAAUUUUUAUAGUUUCGCUGCAAAGAUAUUUCGACAUUCGGAAGGAAAAACCGCUUCCAUUCGAAAUAUAUCACAUAUCAAACGUACGCAAAACCCACUGAAAUAAAUGCACGACGGCGCGCGUAUCGCGUCGCGACGCUUGCGCAUUUUCUUCCCCCGAUAAAUGUUUAUCUACUUAUAACGAUCUGUACUCUAACUAAAAACCGUUCUAAUGGCGAAUAUCUUUGUGGAGAAACUAAAUAAAUCGUCUUACCUAUGUACUGUGUACAUGAAAAAAAAAUAGUGAAAGCAAUGCAAUAUAAUUGGGAAACCUACGUGAUUUAA